AUGCCUGGAUUCAUGAUGGAAUUGCUUCGUCAGCAGAGAGAGAUGAUGGCAAUGAACCAGCAGCUCGUUGCGACGAUGCUCCGGAGAAUGGAUCUGGAGGAAGAGAGAAGGAACAAAGCGGAAGAGAAAGUUCACGAGGCAGCUGAAGCGGCCAAGCAGGCAGCAGAGGCAGCUAAGACUCGGGACCCCUUCCAGCCGAGCACUGCUCCCGCGAGCAGUUCUGCCGCGAGUUCGGCAGUUUCUCCGGCAGUUCCGUCUCCCUCUGGGUACUCUGGUGCUGGAGGCCGUGCAGAGAAGUAUCUGCCGAACCUUCCGGUGAUAGACCAUCAAGGCAUGGGGAAAGGGCGCAUGAAGGAGGUAGAGACUUGGCACUCCUUUAUGGAGACGCUGAGUUCCUGGCUUGCCCUGCAGGAAGAAGCGUUUGUUCGGGAACUGCAGCUUUGUAUCCCUGUGAAGAAGGAGAUUGUGCAAGCUGACUUGAAUCCCGAGACUGCCGCGCGUAGCUCCAAGCUGUUCUACUACUUGACGCAGUCCCUCGCCAAGUGGGAGCGGGGAAGCGAGCUCUUGAGGUCCUGCUCGAAGAGGCAGGGGCAGAGCGCCUGCGGCUACGAGGUGAUUAGAACGAUUACCUCUCAGUACUCCAUCGUGUCGCGGAUGGAAGCUGUCUUCGUGAGAGAACAGGCUUUGAAGUUGUACCAGCACGUUGGGCAUCUGAAGAGGCCCACCGACUUGAUUCGACAUCUUGAGGAUUCGUUUUCGAAGUCUGAAGCGAAGCUGAGCAACUUUCCGGAGCUUCAGCUGUCUGAGGCUGACCGCUGCUCUGUCCUGUUACAGAGCUUGGGUGCAGAAGUGCGUCAGUACGUGGUACUGCACGGGUCCAGCUCGAACUGGGAAGCUCUUCGAAGGACGCUGACUUACUACGAGGAGCAGCUGCGACUGUGUGAGGCCCCUGGGUCUUCGGGCCGAGCCUUGCAGGAGAAGCUUUGCGACUACUGCGGGAAGAAGGGCAAAGGCGACCAGACUCCCAAGGGAUCUGGUACGCCCCGUGGUUCCGAGAAGGGCAAGGGCCGAGUCGGGAGGAAGCGCCACAGUGAUGGCGAUGAGGUUUUCCUGUCCUGGGCGUGGUUCUUCGGAGCCCUCUUCUUCGGAUUUCGUGUUGUCAAGAAGUACGACCGAACGGCCAAUCUGUUCAACGCCUCGGGUGGUGCGAUCGUCGUUUCGGGGGUUGUCGACCUUGAGGUUCAUUUUGGGGAUGUUUUCCUGAGGUUGGAAGAGGUCAGGGUGGCGGAUGUUGGGUUCAACGUUGUUUCGCCUUGGACCGGGUCGGAACGGGGCUGGAAAACCUAUCUAGCCAAAUCGGGAUCACGAUUGUACAAAGGAAACGGAAAGAAGAGCAUCAAGCUGAUGGGCGCUUCGCGUGCCUGGUGGGCUCUGAGCGGGAGGUCCAAGGGCAGGGGGAAAGAAAAUUCUUCCAGACGCCCCCCGAAAGGGAUCGAGGACAUGGAGAUAGAUGCCUUGAAGGACCGCGACCUGCUAGGAUCGAGCAAGGAGUCCACCGCAGGACCCCAGAAGCCUGGAGAAGGAAUCCUGAAGAAAGGAAGAAAGACUUCGGAAGAAGACGAGUCUGGCCGCCACGCUUUGGCUGCAGUGCACGGCGCUUGA